AUGGACGGUAGAGAGAGUAGCAUUGGUGCCACAGAAGUGCAGACGCCCACUACUUCAGAGCAACCUGCAGACUCAGACAGAAGAAUUGUCCUACUGGGAAAAACUGGAGCUGGGAAAAGCAGUUUAGCCAACACCAUAUUCAGAGAGGAUGUCUUCGAGAUAAACCAUACUGCAAACCCUGGAACAAGUCAAUGUGCAAAUGAAACCAGAUCUGUCAAUGAAAAAAGCAUCACUUUGAUCGACACUCCUAGUUUCUUUGACCCAGACAAGUCUAAGGAGGAGCUGAGGGAUGAGAUGGUGAAGUGUAUCAUAGAGUGCGCUCCUGGGCCUCAUGUUUUUCUUAUUUUACUUAAAGUUGAGAAAUUCACACAGCAUGAGAAGCAGGUUAUUGACGAAAUACAAAGGACUUUUUCUGAGGAGGCUUUCAAAUAUGCUGCAGUUGUCUUCACUCAUGGUGACCAGCUCCCUGAAGGAAAGAAAAUUGAAGAUUUUGUCCAAGAGAAUAAAGAUCUGAGUGAUCUGGUGAAGAAGUGUGGUGGCCGAUGCCACGUCAUUGAUAAUAAAUACUGGACGAUCAACCAGCAGGAUGAAUACAGGAGCAACCAGUUCCAGGUGGCAGAGCUACUCAAGACCAUAGACAAGAUAGUGGAGGAAAACAAAGGAGGCUACUACACCAAUGAGAUGCUGCAGACAGUGUACAAAUUGAUUAAAAAGAAUGGGAAGAUUUAUGUCUCAAAUUUUCUCAAGACGUCUGUUGGUAUUACUACAGGAGUAUUGUUGGGAGCUUUGCUGGGUAUGCCAGUAAUGAUUGUUUCAGUUGUCAGAGCCUUGAUGAAAAUGAGACCAUCACCAGCAGCAGAAGCAGCAGAGGUUGCAGUGGGAGCAGCAGUAAUGCCUACCUUAGGUGUAGCUGCAGGUGUAGAGGCUGCAGUGGCAGCAGCAGCAGGAGCAACAGCAGGACCUGGAUUAGGUAUAGCUGCAGGAGUUGCUGCAGGAGCAGGAGCAGUAGUAGGAGGUUGUGUAGGAUAUCGUGAAGCUGAUAAAGCAAAGUCAGUGGGGGAGGCAGCAAAGAACACAGUAAUGUCUAUGUUGGACAAAUCUCUAAAAAGAUUUACAAUACGAAACAACCAAAAUCAACAGCAAAGUGAGGAUAAUCACCAACUUCUGACAGAUCAGUGA